AUGAACAACGUGGUUUUGGUUUUUGAUGUUUAUGUUACAGUCACUGUAGAUUUAUACGCCAGGUUCGUUUUCGAUGAUGCAGGAUCUAGAGAAUCUGAGCUCCUCGUUGACGACGACGAGUUUGGUCUCGAAGGAGCAAAACCCCAAUCCACACAACAACAAACUCCCACUACCCGCAAACGCUACUCAGAUCCCGAUUCGGAUUCCAAAGUCCAAUUCACUCUCGAACACGGCUUCGGCGACUCUCAUUUCUCCCCCGCCGGCACUUUCUCUGCUCGCCUCAAAUCCUGGAGCCAUGGCGGAAAGACUUUAACGAAGCUGAGGUUCUCAAGGAAUGGCUUCUCUGACGAAGAGAAAGAUACUUUCAAAAAUCUGUUGACAGGAGAUGACUUUUAUAGGAUCAGAGUUCCUUCCAGUGUCAUCAGCCCACCAGGGAAAGAGUUUGUGGUUGCAUCUGUCAGAGCUGCAAGUCUAUCUCUACCUUUUUUGAGAUGUCUACCACGGGAUGGCUUGGAUGAGCAUUUCGUUAUCCACAUGGAAGGUGCCAACAUCUUGGCAGCAAGUUAUGGUUCUCUUGGGGCGUGCCAAUAUCCUCGACAGUUCAAACUUCCAGCAAAAUGGUCUUUCAACUCCCACACAAUUCUGAAGUGUAGUGAGCAGGCACCAAGAACUCCAAUAUUCACUGAGGAGAUUCUAGGCGGUGAGAAUGCAGAUGGCGAAGUUGAACCACCACCAGAGAGAUCAUUUUGGGCGAAAUAUUGGAUGUACUUGAUACCAUUGGGACUCGUUGUGAUGAACGCUGUGACACAAGCAACAAACAUGGCUGAAGAACAAACAGGUGGUCAGGCAGGAGGGUCACAAGUGCAGCAAUCAGCCAGGAGAAGAUGAUUUCGAUUUUACUUCACACAAAGCAAUCAAAGCUGCAUGCAACUGGUAAAAGAUGAAGAUUCAACGGAUCUCAUGUCUUGGCAGUUUCUUUAUGGAAACCAUCUUUUCAUCAUUUGGUUUUAUGUAAUACUUAAUUUUCAUCCACCAUCGGUUUUGUUUGUAAACAACAAACGGGAAAUCGAACAUGAAUACCUCUCUCUAAACCAGA